CCUCUCCUUCCUCCCCACGCGCGCGCGACCCAUCCCGGCCAUCAGACGCCACCCCCGGCAUCUACGGCCACCUUAUCGCUUCAUCCCCCGACCCCGACACGAACGAGACGAGACACCUAACCGUUGCGGAGCGACGCCAGCGAGAUGGACGGCCGGCGGCCGGAGAUGCGGCGGACGAUGACGCUGUCCGAGCAGCUCUCCACGCCCGACCCGGCCAUCCGCGACUUCCUAAAGAUCCCCCACGACGACGGCGAUGCUAGCCCCCUCGAGGGAGGUAGCCACGCGCCUGCGGACACGGCUGGCGGCGGCGGCGGCGGCAUGAUCAAUUGGAAGCCGCUGCGGGACCGGCUCCGGCUGCGCCGCGCAGCGAGCGCCUGGCAGACGCCGUCGUCGCCCAAGGCCAGCGCGGCCGCGGCCACCGCCACGACGACGAACAGCGGGAUCAGCAACAGCGGCAGCAGCAACAACCAUAGCAACAAGUACAACUACUCCCCCGGCGAGGCGGCAGCGGCGUUCUCCCGCUCCUUCUCCCGCGCCCCCUCGCUCCGCACGACGCCCACCUUCUCGCGUGUCACCUCCACCCGGGUCGGCCCCACCUCCUCUCGCUCCAGCUCCAGGCGCCCCGCGGCCUACGACCUCCGCGAUGAUGACCACGAGGACGACGACGAUGAGGAAGACGACGGGGAAGAAGAUGAGGAGGACGAGCAGGGCAAGGAGGAGGCGCCCGCGGCGCAGAUGUCCCUGAUGGCGCUCCUGGAGCAGACGGACAGCCAGUGGGACGAUGAAGAGGAUGAGGAGGGCGGCGGCGGCGCGCGCAAGAACGGCGGCGGCGGCCCCGAGGGCGACGACGAUGAGGACGACGGCGAGGGGAGGGAGGAGGAGAUGGUGCACGUGUGCUGCGUUUGCAUGGUUCGGCACAAGGGCGCGGCCUUCAUCCCCUGCGGCCACACCUUCUGCCGCCUCUGCUCGCGCGAGCUCUGGGUCAGCCGCGGCAACUGCCCGCUCUGCAACGGCUUCAUCCAGGAGAUCCUGGACAUCUUCUGAUGGACCGAGCUCGCCACCACCAUGAAUUUUCUUGGCCCUUCACGUCCAUGGCAUCAUCACCAUCACCGUCAUCUUCUUCUGCUUCUUCUUCUUAGACAAGUGAGCGGUCGAUGCGCCACUCCGGAAUCUGUGAAACUGAAACCUGUAGGUGAAUGACUGAAUUCAACCGAUGGAUCAAAGCAGUUUGAGCUGCAGGAUACCAACGCUGGUGUUUGCUACUGCAUAUAAUUUUUCGGGAUGUGAUUG